AUGCAGCCUUCCCAUUUUCGGGGGAAUAACCCAAGUUCCUACGACCUGCCACCCGUACAAUCUGUGACGGGCGCAUUCCCGGCCCCGGCACUGCUUUCCGCUCCGCCCAGCAGGCCUGACAGCGGCAUGCGAAUGGCCCAUUUACUGCAACCGAUGCCCCAGCACCUCCCACCCCCCGCUACCUCGCCAUACUCGCGCUUUUAUGACUCCGCAUCUGGGUCACCCGCGGAAAGUGGUGCACUCCCAGAUGCGCAGCUAGGGUCAGUACCGGGCGGUCCGGCGCUGUACCAAACCAGUCCUGUUGGCCAGCAGCCAACGCCCGCGCAGCUGCAGCAAAAGCGCGCAUAUCGACAGCGUAGAAAGGAUCCCAGCUGCGAUGCUUGUCGCGAGCGCAAAGUCAAAUGCGAUGCCUCGGAGUCGUCUAGUUGCACGGAAUGUAACAAUCGCAAGGUGCGAUGCCAGUUUACUAAGGAGACGAAUCGUCGCAUGUCGUCUAUUAAGCAAGUGCAAGACUUGGAAAAGCAAUUGCAGAAUACCAAGCAGCAAUUACAGCAUCUACAGACUGGCAUGAUGCGUCCUGAUCGCAUGGUUGAUGUCGAUGAGGGCAUUGCGCAGCCCUUAAUUAAAUUGCCGGAGAUUGAGUACCGUCCAGUGCGCAGGUCGAAGGCACCGAUUGCUCAGGAUUUCUCGGAUGUGCGAUCUAAUAUACGACAUUACGGUCAUGCCAUCUUGAAGGUACCCACGCCGUAUCGACAACAGGGCGCUGAGUCUUUGGUGACUGGUGAUGCGCCAGAGCUGCCCCCGAAGAAUCUCGCGGACCAUUUGUUGGCGCAAUAUUUCAAUUGUAUUCACUCGGUGCUUCCGGUGCUUCACUGGCCCAUCUUCAUGGUAGAGUAUGAGAAGGUCUAUCGGUCGGGGUCACUGUUGGGUGUCCCGAAUGAAUGGGCUGCUGUGCUCUUUGGUAUAUUUGCCUGCGGUGCCAUUCACACCAACGAGUUGGAUCGGGAAGAGCAAGGCAAGAAAUAUAUACGCAUUUCCUGCGGAAUCAUCGACGUGUGGCACGACAACUUUAAUCUGGAUCGAGCUCGAGCUGCGCUACUUGCCAGUAUUUUCCUCUACGAGGUCAAUUCAAAGUCGGCGAGCUGGGUAUGGAUUGGUUCGGCGGUACGCGUGGCUCAAGAGAUGGGGCUACAUAUUGAGUCAGGGCCAUGGCCUGCAGUUGAAGGGGAGAUGCGCAAGCGCGUUUGGUGGGGAUUAUACGCUUGGGACAGAUUACUCGCUCUCGAAAUGGGCAAGCCAGUCUUGAUCAAUGACCAAGACUGCGACAUUGAUCUGCCCUGUCCUGUAGACGAGCAAUAUAUCAUAGAAAGCGGAUCAAUUCCCGAAAGCCAACAAACAUCGCCCCUUCUAGCAACCAUCCAUGUUGUCCGUUCAAUUGGCCAACUCACGCGAACCCUUCGAUCAGCUACCAUCAGCCCCGCCACUCUCGAGACCUUCGAACUUCACUUCAACACUUGCCUCGCAACCUUCCCCUCCCAGUUCCACCCAAGGACCGACCAAGACCUCGAUCCUCGCUCUCUCGCUCCAGUAAUAUACCUCCAAAACGCCCGCCUUCUCCUCCACCGCCACAACAUCUCCCCCUUUUGCCCGGAUAUCGUCCGUUCUUCCGCAAUGGAUUAUUGUGUCUCUACAGCCCUCGACACAGCCAACAUCCUCGCUCGCUGCAUGCGCAACUAUCCAAACGCAAACACAUUACCCCCAGGCCCGGCAGGAAACAAUGACCCGCGCGCCCUCUUCGCCUCCUGCGCCGGCUCCCUCCUAUGCACACACAUCUGGCGCUGCACUCUUCUCCUCCUCUUCCGCCAAGAAUUUGCCGGCGCGCUAGCCUGCGUCCAGGCUCUCGCCUCAAUAGGCGAUGUCCGCACCGUCAAUGCCGCCUGUGGCCGCUACUUGUCCUUCUUCCUCCACCGCCUGCUCUCCCGGCUCCGCCGCGGCGACAACAUCGACCUAGAAAGGGACGAGGAAAUGAUGGCAUAUGUCUCCGGCGAUAUGCAAGGAACAAGCGAUGGCAGCUGGGUUUGGCACGGCAGCGAAACAGGAUCUCAACUCGAGACUAUGUCCAUGUCGCCCAUGCGGUCAACACCUGUUUCCGGGGGCCACCCGAAUCACCGUGAGCGCGAUGCUGAAUGGGAAGGCUGGGAGUGGAUUGAGAAGACUGUGCAAGAUCUCUUUACCGAGCAGCGGCAGCGGGCUUAUGCUCAACGAGAUACGCCGAUGGGGGGCCAACCCCGUCAAGAAGGUCCUGCGCCUUCGGGGUCGAGUCUUGCGCCUGAGUUUGCGGGCUCGAAUUCGGAUCGCAGAUCUAGCUCGGCGCAUUCACGCAUGACGAUUGCUAACAUUAUUUGA